AUUAGACCCGGUAACUACGAACUUGUUGCAGACUGAGGGCACAGCCUGUUCACAACAGAAUUCCUAAGUCCUUAAACUUAAAGCUUCAUGUGCAUAUAGUGAGUACCUCGAGGUACGUGGAGCUAUCAUUAUAAAUAACUGUGUUACGAGGUACGCGCCGAGCGCGCAGCGGCUCAUUCAACCGACAGUGCGCGCGCCACACAGUUGUUCGAUAACGAAACGAACUACGCGCGAAAAUGGAAGUUAAACUUUUUACGUUCGUGAUUUUGUGUGCUUACGGUGUGUUAGCGUCCGAGUAUAAUUGUGGCAAGAGAUCAGCUCUGUUGCUGCUCAAGCGGCCGGCCUACGAGUUCUCGAUGAGGAUGUUGCAGCGGGUUACCGAGGAAACAGAUGCCCACUUCGUGUACUCCCCCGUGUCCACCUGGCUGCAGCUGUCCGCGCUGGCUGAGGGCGCGGACGGCCGCACACUCAACGAGAUCUGGCGACUGACCCGACAUCACAAGAACAGAUGCUUCAAAAGGCAGCUGAGCGGAAUUUUAAAUCGUCUCAACUUUGACUUACGGUUUGAAAUGAAGAGGAAGAGUGUGAUAGCCAUAGACAAACUGAUGGCGGUUAAGAAAAAAUACAUUCGGGACAUAACGAAGCUGUACGGCAUCAAAGUGUUGCUGCUCGCCUUCAACGAGCCGGAGAAGUCAGCGCGGGAAGUGAACCAGGUGAUCGAAGACGGCACCAACGGAGUGAUCAACCGUAUCUUGUACUACGAUGACUUUAACUCCACAGUGCUACUCAUGAGUGAUGCUAGUUACUUUAGAAGUGAUUGGAAGUCUCCGUUUACCAGUGUCGGGGUACAGCCGUUUUAUUCGCGUAAAGGAGAUAAAAUCGGUGAAGUGAGUAUGAUGAAUCAAGUAGGACAAUUCAAUAUAGUAGAUUUCCCUCACAUAGGCGCCACAGUGUUAGAGAUACCGUGCGCGAGUCGUAGGAUAUCAAUGUUAGUGUUUCUGCCACAGAAAGAUCUUUGGGCCAGCGACAUAUUCUAUAGUCUGCAGUCGACCAGGCUCACCUCAAUAUUCAACAUGUACAAGAGACAAGGGCCUCAGAUAGUUAAUGUCACUAUACCGAGGUUCAAGCAGCGCUCGGAGGUCGAAAACUUGCCCGAACUCGUUUACGAUAUGGGUGUCAGAAGGAUAUUUGAUCCUAACUCGGCCGAGUUUAAAGGAAUCAGCAAAUUUAAGUUGUACGCGUCUCUGAUGACACAGAUAACUGACAUAGAAGUUAAUGAGAAGGGUGUGACGGCGUCAGCCAACUCCCUAGUCAGGAAUAAUGGCUCGGCUGUAGAAUUCUUAGCUAAUAAACCAUUCGCGUAUGUGAUAGUAGACAAAGUGACAGAUUUUAUUUUGUACGCUGGUAUUUACUCGUCGCCGUCUGUGAUUUGAAUACCGAGUAUUGGCGUUCUAAGUCUUGAUGUAUAUGAUGUGUCGAGAAUCUCUUCUGCGAAUGAUUUGAUCGCGGUUUGCAUUCGCGAUGUUUUAUUUGUAAAUAAACUCUGAAAGUAGGACGUCUGUGUUGGACAUACAGCAUGCAGAGGGAAUGUGCAGUUUAGACGUAUUGACAUUUCGUGAACUUUGGUGAAAGUAUUCGCCUAGAUUAGACUGUGCUGUCUGAAAGUUAUGUUCUUUUGUAUAUGUACCAAUGAGAAUUGACUCUCAUGCUUUCCUGUAUUAUGUAAACAAAUAAGAUGAAAAUUAACAUUAGAUUUAUUUUCAUUGGAAUUAAAAAUGUAUUGUAUAGUUACCUGCUUGUUGAGUCUUGUAUAAUUUAUGAAAUAACUCGAAUCAGUGACCGAUGUUUAUUUAUGUCAAGUACAUUUUUUUACGAAACUUGUCAUAAUAUUUCGAACGUUGUAUGUUAAAAGUAACAUUGUUAACAACAUAUAUUUAUGGAAAUAGUCUCUAAUGAUAAGUUGUUGAUGAAUAAAACGAAUGUUUUCAGUAAAAAUAA